AGAAGGUGGAAGGGGGGGAGGGAAGACUGCCCCGCUCCGCUGGGUGGAAUGGACUGGAAUGAGUGACAGCCGAGCUGCUGUGGCCCCCCCCAGGAAGAAGGAAGUGAAACGCGCAGAGGGGUGGGGAGAGCCCCAGGAGGAGUGGGGAGGGAGCCCGCUUUAGGUGAGGUGCGAGGGAGCCGACCUCCGGGAUCCAGAAGGCACCUGGAUACAGGACUCCCGUGGGGGCACCGUUGUACGUGCCAGGUCUACACUGCAAGGGAGACUGCGGGCUGGGGCCGAGUAAUCAGACCACCCCCCUGAAACCACCACCACCCCCUCCUUGUAAUUGUGCGAGUCCAAGUGGCAUUCGGUUCGUUUGUGCGUCUAGAGUGGCCCUGAGAGUCCUAGACUGGCUCCAGGCUGGCCGCUUCAGUUGCUCAUGACAAAGACGUACUGGCAGGCCGUCUCACCCCGAGGGACAGGUGAGUCUUCUGGCUCCCAGAGCAGUUGCCAUGAGAUCGCUGGGAAGCCGUGGUACUGAGAGCCAAGGAUAAAACUGGGACUGUUACACUCCCCAGACUCCUGCGCUGACCAACAGGAAGAUUUGAGCUUAAGAGAAUUAAACCAGACCUUCAUCAUGAAGAUUCUGUUCAUAGAACCUGCCAUUUUCCUUAGUGCAUUUGCUUUGUCUUUGACUAGUCCACUGACAACACAAUACAUAUAUCAGAGGAUAUGGAAGGAAACAAGUAACUAUAGCUAUAUAGAUAAUAGCAAUGUCUCUGAAUGUGAAGCAAAUAAAAGCAAUCCAAUUUAUGAAAUCCAAAAGGAAGUUCAAAAAAAAACCUCUCUUUUUAAUCUUCAGAUGGACUUAAGUGCAUUGAUUCCUGGCAUUGUAGUUACCUUCAUUCUUUUAUCCAGCAGUGAUCAAAAAGGACGAAAAGGGCCUCUGGUUUUGUCCUCUAUAGGUGCUCUUGCAAGCAACAUUUGGCUUUGUUUGCUCUCAUAUUUGGGCUUACCUAUCCAACUGCUGAUAGCAUCCACUUUAAUCAGUGCAUUUUGUGGCAAUUCAACAACCUUUUUGGGAGGAUGCUUUGCUUACAUAGUUGAUCAAUGUAAAGAAGAGAAACAGAAAACUAUACGGAUAGCCAUCAUUGACUUAAUACUUGGACUUGUUACUGGAUUAACAGGAUUGUCUUCGGGCUAUUUCAUCAAAGAACUUGGUUUCGUGUGGUCAUAUUUUAUUACUUCAUUGGCUCUAACCAUUAACUUGAUAUAUAUAGUAUUUUUUCUUGAGGACCCAAUUAGUGUGUCUUCAUCUCAGGAUUCUUCCAUGUCAUGGAGUAAAAACUUUAAAAAAUCAUUUUUAAGAGCUUAUAUGCUUUUUAAAAAUAUUACUGGCAAACAAAGGACUUUGCUCUGUUUGCUACUUUUUACAAUGAUUACUUAUUUCUUCGUAAUAAUUGGUUCAUCUCCUAUAUUUAUCCUUUAUGAGCUGAAUUCACCUCUCUGCUGGAAUGAAGUCUUCAUAGGAUAUGGUUCAUCCUUAGCAAGCAUAUCUUUCUUGACUAGUUUUCUAGGGAUAUGGUUUUUUUCUUACUGUCUUAAAGAUGUUUACAUCGUCUUCAUUGGAAUUUUGACCACGGCUGGAGGGAUGGCACUGACUGUAUUUGCCAGAACAACACUGAUGAUGUUGUUAGUCAGGAUCCCUUUCCUCUUUACCUUCAUGCCCUUGUCUGUUCUUCGGUCCAUGUUAUCAAAAGUGGUUCCCUCUACUGAACAAGGUACGUUGUUUGCUUGUAUUGCUUUCUUAGAGACGCUGGUUGGAGUUACCGCAAUUUCUGCCUUUAAUGGCAUUUAUUCAGCCACUGUUGCUUGGUUUUCGGGAUUCACUUUUAUGCUCUCAGCUGGUCUUUUAUUAAUCCCAGUUAUCAGUCUAUGUGUUAUAAUGUGUAUUAGUUGGGAUGAAGAAGACCAUGAGCUUCUUAUACAAGAAGAAUCCAGGGAAGACAGCAUAGUCAACUGAGCCAUUAUGAUGUUUUCCUUAUUCAUUAGCAUUGUCAUAUGCUCUACCUGUAUGAUAAAUGAAGUGAUGGAGCACAUGGUUCUCUACCACACUGUUAACUAACUCACUGCUAACUAGAAAAUAAGCCCCUACCGAUCAGGGACUAUGUUUCCUUUUUGCACUAACUUUGGUAGGAUGCUAUCUAUGCACAUUGAGCACUUAGUAUUGGAGUGAUGUUUAAAAUGAUACGUUAAUACCAAUACAGAGAUGGAACUUUUCAAUGAGCUGCGCUUUUUUUUUUUUAAUGUCCAAAAAGGGACGUAAAACAUAACAGCCCAGGGAAGCUAGUGAAACCCCGAUCUGUGAACUCCAAUCCUGUGAUGUCAGUGUUUACCUCCCGAACAAAAUACUUAUCAUCUUUGUACCUUGGACUUUUCAUCUAUGUAGCUUGUGAGGCAAUACUGAUCCACCUCUCAGGGAUGUUUAGAUGAAUAACUAAUGGAAAUAAUAAAAUAAUAAAUAUAACAUAGCAGCACCCAAUACCUGGUAUGAUGAGUUGCACUUAGUAAGUGCUUAACAAAUGUUUAUUGAAUUGUCUGUAUUGGCAGUUACCACGAUUUGGAAUAGAAUCACCCCUAAAAAUAGCUAUGAUUGUGUUAUGGCUAACUCAAAUUUGGUUAUGGCCAAAAUUAUGAACCUCCAAAAGACAAGCCACCUGACCACUAUGGUUUUUUUUAAAACUUUUUCUGGUUUCUGUUAAUCUUGAUAAUACUCCUAAUUUUGUACAUUGAGAUGGUUUAAAAAUGGAAAUGUGGGCUUAUAAAAUCGACUUUCAAAAUCUUUUGAAAAAUUAAUAAAUUGAAAAACAAUAUGAAGCAUUGUA